AUGCUUCACACAUUGUGGUUUUUUGACAGGAGGAAAAAGAGGCUUGUAGAGGAGAUAAUUGAUGGAAAGAUUGUAUUAUCAAUGAGAGCUAUAUAUCAAUCUAAAGUAGGGCUUGGAAUUAUGGACAAAGGGGCAAAAGAAUUAUUACAGAGCAUAUCAGAAAAACAGGGAAAGAAAAUGAAUUCAGCUGAAUCUGCAAAAGAUAUACAACCAUUUCUUAAAUUCUUCAAGGAUCAAAUCAAUAUGGCUGAAGUUAAAUACCCUUUGGAUCAUUUUAAGACAUUUAAUGAAUUUUUUAUAAGAGAGUUGAAACCUGGAGCAAGACCAAUUGCUUAUGUAGGACGUGAUGACGUGGCAGUUUGUGCUGCUGAUUGUCGUUUAAUGGCAUUUAGAACAGCUGAAGAAAGUCUCAGAUUUUGGAUCAAGGGUAAAAAAUUCUCCAUCCGAGGUCUCCUUGGUAAUUUACCAUUCUCAGAUACUUUCACUGGUGGAACUUUGGUGAUAUUUCGCCUCGCACCACAGGAUUAUCAUCGUUUCCAUUUCCCAGUUUCUGGAAAGAUUGAGCAGAUUGUCGAUAUACCUGGAUGCUUAUAUACGGUGAACCCCAUUGCUGUAAAUAGCAAGUAUUGCAAUGUGUUUACAGAAAACAAACGUGCAGUUUCCAUUAUAUCAACUGCCGAUUUUGGAAAGGUAGCAUUUGUGGCAAUUGGAGCAACAAUGGUGGGUAGUAUAACAUUCACUAAAAAAACGGGAGACUAUGUCCAGAAAGGAGACGAGUUUGGGUAUUUCUCAUUUGGUGGAAGCACAGUCAUUUGUGUCUUUGAAAAGGAUUCGAUAGCUUUAGACGAGGACCUUUUGGCUUAUAGUGCAAGAUCAAUUGAAACCCUAGUUUCAGUUGGAAUGCAAUUGGGGGUAUCCCUAAAGAAACGCACACAACUUCCAUUGUCAACAUCAAACACCUCAUUUUAUGUUGAAACUGCAUGAUAAAAAAUUUAUGUUUAUGGAGAAUCCCAAAUUACCAUUUGCUCCCCAAAAUA